GUGGUCUCUUCCUCGCUGGACAAGAUGCGGCAUCAGAGGAUUCACCACCAGAAAGCCAUUGGCCUACCCAUCUUGACGACCUUUCACAGCCCGAUCCAAGAUGAAAGUCUCUACCCUUCUCACUUUCCCGCUUCUGGGUCUCCUGGGAUCGGCCCUCGGGUCUCCUGCCCCAGCCGCUGUGUCCCCAACUACUGCCGGGAGUCUUGAGACCCGCCAGGCAGAGUCCCCUCUCGGCUUGCUCGAGUCCCUCUUGGAGUCCAUCAAGGGCCAGACCGGCAUUAUCAACUCGACAAUCUCUGGGCUCCCCGCGGAUGCCAACGUCUCGACGCUGGGCCUUGCGGCGCCCGCCAUCCACGAUGCCGUCACACAGAUCACGAGCCUCAUCAUGGCAACCGAGGAGACAGUGACGGCCAACGCGGAGGAGCAGAAGCGCGCCCUCCAAGCCCGAGACCUCGAGACUCGACAGGCCGACGCCAUCGCCAUUGUCUGGGCCAUCGGUGCCAUCCUUGUCGAGAUCAGCGCGACGUUGGACGCCAUCAUCAACUCGCCCUUCGGGAUUGGUGUAUUGCUAGGUCGCCUCAAUCCCCUCACACUUGCUUUGAGCGCCCUUGUGGCCGGGUUGGCUGUUGUUGUCAAUGGGCUUCUGUUGCUUGUGGGGACACUCUUGAACACCAUCCUCCUGGACUUGAGCAUCGCCCUGCUUGGCCUCAGCUUCUAA